AUGGCUUGCGUCGACAUCAUCAUUGUAAAACAAGAAGAUGGUUCCUAUCAAUCAUCUCCAUUCUUUGUUCGUUUUCCUCAACGAACAAAAUUCCGUAGGGUCAUCACGGUAAAGGUGAAUGGCAAGAAAAUUGAAUGUCCAAAUUGUGAGCUUGUUGUAGAUCCUGAUCACAACUAUGCAUACUUCAGUAUUAUUGUGGACAAUAAUAAUCAGUCAGAAAUAUCAAGUCCUCAGAUGUCAUCAUCACCUGUUAUUGUCGGAGAGAACAAGACAUUAGCAAAUUUGGUUCCUACUGAAGAAGCUCAACUUGCUCUUGCUCAAUACCGAAAGAAAUCAUUGCCUCCUUUACCAACCUCAUUGAAAAAGAAUGACAUGAAACCACCCAGCGAACUUGUAUUCGAAAAAUCGAACAACACUCAAAACUCUCCAACGAAAAAUACCGAAAAUAUGUCACAAAUUAAUUCGAAUAAUACAAGCGGAAAUAUUGGUAUUCCCAUACAGAAUAAUAAUAAUAGAGAACGACAAAACAAUGUGGCCACAACAACAACAGUUAGUCCAACUGGAAGUCCUCCAAAAUUAUUACCUCCACUACCCAAAAAAACAAUAGCACAAAAUUUACUUAUUAAGAAUAAUUUAGUACCUCCAGAAACUUUGAACUCACCAGAGGAGAACGAAGAACUGCGUCAGGAGGAACGAGAAAUGAUAUUGAAUGAUUUGGAAAAUCACGAAGACCCCGAUGACGAAGAGAAAGAAAUGUUUAAACUCUUCGAAGAAGAAACAUCCGUUUCGUCACGAUCUCGAUCGAAAGCCAUCAUUACUCGUCCACGAGCAAGUAGCGGAGCAAAGAACCUUUCGAGAAGUCCAAAAUUGCAUAUUACCAGCUCUAGUGGGUCUGACGAAUCCGCCACCUAUUAUACAUCAAGCCCAACCGGCUCCCCAUCAAAAACUGGAUAUAUGGAUAAAUGGCUCAAAUCCAUUGAUAAUGAAACACAUCCUGAACAUCGAUUAAGGCCAUCCAAAGAGUUUUUAGAUACAAUUCACUCAUAUAUGUCUGAUUUUCGAUCGACCAUAACUUUCACAGACGUCUCUGGACUCAAUCCAGAGCCUAUUAAGGGAUAUAUCUUUGAAUUUUCUCCCCAUGACAAAAUUGUUGUUAGUGAUGUAGAUGGAACCAUCACCAAAUCAGAUUUGAUGGGUCAAGUUUAUAGUCGAAUGGGAAAAGAUUACACACACCCAGGAAUUGCAAAACUUUUUCAAUCUAUUGCUGAAAAUAAUUACAAAUUUAUUUAUCUGAGCGCUAGACCAAUAACGAUGGCGCAAUUAACACGAGAAUAUAUACAGUCCAUCUAUCAAGAUGGAUACAAAAUGCCACUUGGUCCCACUAUAACCUCCCCAAAUAAGGCUUUCAAUGCCCUUGCAAGAGAAGUUAUUAUCAGGAGACCAGAAACCUUUAAAAUCAACUGUCUGACUACCAUCGCAAGUUUAUUCCCAACAGACUUUCCUUUUUAUAGCGGCUUUGGAAAUAGGCCAACUGAUUGUAUUUCUUAUGUGAGUGUAAAUAUUGAUCCAACCAAAUGUUACAGAGUGAACAAGCAAGGUAAAUUGCUGGUUCAAGCAACUAAGGUUACCUUUGCUUCUUAUAAUGAAAUUGAAUCGCAAAUAAUGAAACACUUUCCAAAGACAGUGAACAAACACCAACGAUCACAAAGUGACACCUCCCAUUACAAGCUCAAUAAUGGACAACUUGUGACCAUGAAUCUACCCAAGAAGAAAGAUCUUGAGGUUCUGCGAGAGCAGUAUUUAAACCCAGAAGAAUUACAAAUUUAA